AUGGCUCCUAGGACUAGAAACUCCAUGGCCGCCGCUUCCAUCUCCGGCCACGAAAUCUCCACCGCCGAAAAUACCAUCGCCGACGUCGAAGCUCCGCCGCCUCUACCUCCGACUGUUCCUCCAUUGUCGCACACCAUCACCGGACCUUCUUCCCCUCCGUCCGAUCCUCCCAUUUCUGGUGUUUUCGGCUCCGGCAACGUUGCCGAUCUCACCAUUAGUGGAACGAUCGGACCUCCCUCUGAAGCUCCGAUCACCACCACCACGGCACCGGCGCCUUCCUCCUCGGCCUCAUUCCCUUACACUUCGCUUCCGCCAUUUUCUGUCACCACCACAACUCCGACUGUCCACCAGCCGUCCGCCAUUUUUUCCGGCACCACCGCUGUCCCCGCCACCACCUUCGGCCAGCCAAACCUCUCCACCUCCUUCGGCCAACAGAGUACUCACAUUCCCUUUGGACCGAACCAUGCUCAUCUUGGUGGUAAUACUUCUAAUCUUGGCCAUGGAAAUGUAUCUUUUAAUGAUAACUAUUUGUUUACUGCUAAUCACGGCCUUUCUCGUGCCGUUCUUGAUCGACCUUCCCAAGAUGAGCGCACUCCGCUUUAUCUAGGAACUGGAGAUCACCCAAACAACCUCAUUGCUUCAUUUCUCUUGACUGGUCAAGAAAAUUUCCAGUCAUGGAAGCGUGCAGCCUCUAUCAAUAUUGCUGCAAAAAAUAAAACCCCCUUCAUUGAAGGCACUAUACCCCGUCCUCCUCCUAAUGAUCAUUCUCGAUCUGCAUGGGACAUUUGUAACAAUAUGGUUAUGUCAUGGAUUCUUCAGUCUGUAUCUCGUGAGAUCGCUGCUAGUAUCAUGUUCAAAACUACCGCUAGUGAGAUGUGGUCCAACCUCCAUGAUCGCUUUAACCAAAGCAAUGGUCCCCGCAUCUUACAACUUAAAACCGCCGUUGGCAAUGUCAAACAGGGUGAUAAUUCCGUCACCACAUACUUUACUCAGUUGCAAGCUCUUUGGGACGAGCUCAACGAAUACCAACCUAAUAUCCCCUGCACUUGUGGUUGUACUUGCGGCGCGAUGCAAAAGGUUCAAGACUACUAUACAAGAGACCAGACUAUUCAAUUCUUGAUUGGUCUCAAUGAAUCUUACUGGGGUAUUCGGGCUCAAAUUUUACUCUACGAGCCGCUGCCUUCUUUAUCCAAGGUGUUCUCCAUGGUCGUUCAACAAGAACGACAACGCUGCCUUGGCAAUACUGGCGUUGUUGCUGCUACUUCGGCCAAACCUAACCCUAACCAACCAUCUCGCAACAAGAAACCCCGACCAACUUGCUCCAACUGUCUCAAACCGGGCCAUCUUGUUGACAAAUGUUAUUUCCUUCAUGGUUUUCCUCCCGGAUAUGGAGACAAGAAAAAGAACACUACCACUGCUCGGGCCAAUCAAGCCACGGUGACUCCCACUCCAGACCCUUCCGCGGCUGGCAAUUCACAAAUCCAGCUCAGUCAACAGCUGAUCUCUCUUCUCAAUCAACAAAUCCAAGGCGCCCCCUCCACCAGUGAAACCCUUCCUGUGGUCUCAAACGUCUUCGGAUCCCUCCCUGACUUUUACGAUUGGGACAGCUAAGAAAGUUGGACAACUGUUUUUCUUUGAACAAGACCAUCGUCUUCUUACUACGGAUAUUUCUGUUUUUGCAAACACUACAUGUAAUUUGAAGGAUCCCUGGCAUUUCCGCCUUGGACAUCCUUCUAUGAACAUUUCUACUAUGUUAAACAAUAGUUUGCAAUUUUGUGAUAAACCUAUCAAUUUUAUGUGCUCUAUAUGUCAUUUUGCUAAACAAAGGCGUCUUCCUUUUCCAUCUAGUAAUAAUUUUGCUAAU